GCUGAAUUCGGACACACUCCUGGCUUCGCGGGCCAAGGGUGUGUUGUGUAGACAGAAAAACAGAGUUUUUGCGUCAACUAUGCCCCCGAAAAAGCGUGAUAAAGAAGGCGAAACUUCAAAAAAUCAGCGAUCGGAAGCUGCCAAAACAGACCAUGACUUGUUUCUUCAAGCAUUUGAAAAACCAACACAAAUUUAUAGGUAUCUUAGAGUUCGAAAUGCAAAUUCUCCAAUAUUUUUACAACGCAAUCUGAGCUACAUGCGAUACCGCAUGUCAAGGACCCACAGAAGUCGUCAAUCUUAUGAGGUUAAUAGCCUUCUGGAAAAAGUUUCAAAAAGUCUAAUUCCUCCUGCUUUGAGAGGCGGUUUUAUGACCCUUACUUUUCUUGGAUUUUAUGACAAGAAGCCUGCCACAGGUGAGGUUCCUAGAGAACCAGUGAAAGUUGAAACACUUCUUUUGAAGAUAUGUCACAAAAAGAGAAAAGACACUACAACUCCAGUUAUGACAGUGACAGUUGGAACAAGCAUAGUCCCAACUAAUCCUUCAGAGGAUUGUCCCCCACCCAAAGCACCUACUGUUUCCAUAUCAGUUGACGAGUUUUGUGAGGACCAGAGUGAAGUUAAAUCGUACCACCUUCUUUUGCGAGUUUACAAUGCUCCUAAUAAUGGUUUGAAUGGUACUACUAGUAGUGAACAAGACUUAGGUGAGCCUCUUCCAAAGAGGAGGAGGACCUCAUCAAGUCGCGAUGAAAUCAAGUUAUUUGGGACAGACCUUGUGGUCUAUGACAAACAGAAACACUGUCUGCUGGGUGACGGUGAUUAUGAACUUUUGAUGGAUGAGCUUGUUCAUCCUAGAAAUUUGCCCAGGAAGUUUCCUUCAUGGGAGCAAAUUGGAGACAUAAGUGAGCUUGCACCUCUGCAGCGUCUGCGAGAAUUCGCAGUAACAGAGUUUAUGCGUGUCUUGACUCCGCAGGAUUGUAACUCCUUUGAGCUGUUUGCAAAUGGACCAACUUUGAAGUUCAAGUUAGAGUGGUCUCGGGAACAACGGAGCACUUUUGUUGAUCGUCCUCGCACGGCGUCAAAGCGGGAAGAAGUCGUCCUUGAUAACAAUGGUAAUAAAGAAAAUCGUCAAGACCGAGCUGCUAAGAAACAAGUAGGGGAAAAGAAAGAUGAAGAUAAAAAGCUUGGAAAGAGACCUGUGAUUGUGUACCAGUUCCACUACCACAACAAUUCACGACAGCAGACUGAGCCCUGUUCUGAUUUACACUGCCCAUGGUGCUCGUUGGAUUGUGGAACCUUGUACUCCCUACUGAAACAUUUAAAACUAUGUCAUGCACGGUUUACUUUUACUUAUACUCCACUUCCAAAUAUGGCACGAAUUGAUGUGGCAAUCAAUGAGUCAUAUGAUGGGUCAUAUACAGGCUCUCCUCAUGAUGUAAUAGCCCAGCCAGGAGGAUCAGCUUUUUCUCGUAAUGGACCUCAAAUUCGAACCACUGUAUCAAAUAUUUUAGUUUGUCAUCCCAAACGUCUAAAGCCUACUAUGUCAGAGUUCAUGGAACUUGAAGAAGAAUCAGGUGAUCUGCAGAGAUCUUUCAUCACUGGGCACAACAGAUUGUACCACCAUACUGUGACAUGCCUACCUGUCCAUCCCAAGGAAAUGGAGAAUGACUCUGAAGGUGAAAAUGAUCCUAAAUGGUUGCAGACUAAAGCUAUGAUGAUGAUUGAUGAAUUUACUGAUGUUAAUGAAGGAGAAAAAGAGUUGAUGAAGAUGUGGAAUUUGCAUGUGAUGAAAGAAGGGUAUGUGGGUGACUGUCAAGUGCCUUUGGCUUGUGCCAAGUUCCUUGAGAAAAAAGGAAAAGAGUUAUUAGACAAAAAUUUAUACAGAAAUUUUAUAAUUCACAUGUGUAGUUUAUUCGAUUACGGAUUGGUUAGCCCUGUUGUACUCUACAAAACGAUUCAACAGCUUCAUGAAAUGAUCAACGAAUCCCAUGCUAAAUCUAUGCGGAGUUCAUGGGAGGCGCAGAAGGAACAUUGGAUAAAGUCUGGUGCCAAAGAAAAACAAAAUACUCCUUCACAUUUUAAGAACCAAGCCCCAACUGUGCUAAAUGUCGAUCCAAGUGUUCGCCGCAAAUUGUACAGCCCAGGUUCUUUCAAAAGUGACAGUCCUAGUAGGCGUACUACUCAGCAACAAGAUGAUGAUGAGGAUGAGGAGGACGAAGAUGAAGAGGAUGAGGAGGAGGAUGAGGAUGAGGAGGAAGAAGAGGAAACCUCGAAAAUGGAAAACCAAAAGAGUAGUUCAUCGACAUCAUCGGGUUCCUCAUCGGGGGAUUCAAUUAACAAGAAGAAAACUGUGCAGAAUGGUACAGAGCCUGAAAAGAAGAAGUCAUUUGUACCUAAGAAUGGACUUGUGAAUGCUAAUAACAGUACUCAUCAGAAAACCUCGUCCACAAGCAGAUCUACAUCUGAAGUUGGUCCACCUAGAAUUUGUCAACCUUCAUCUGAAUCUGUUGAUUCAGUGAGACGGAAAAUCCCGUCGUUAAGCAGGUCCUCUCCAGUAGACACUCCGUCUUUGAAACUGUCAAAAAGUAUGGAUACUGUAUCAAGUGAACCUCCCACCAAGAAAAAAAUUAUUGUGUCCCAACCUAAUGGUAAACCUCAGGCCGUCUCCUCUCAAAAUGCUAGUACAAAUAAUGACCUGAAGAGAAAAAUGAAUUCUACUGGUGGAUCAAAUUCGUCAACUUCUUUAAACUCAGACGUUAAAAAGAAUGCUCCAUCAGUCAAUGGGCUGACUGUACCAUCAAAUGUUACCAAGGGCCUCCCGACACAUGUUUCAGUUGAUUCAAAGAAGCGCCUCUCACUUCCUGCUGUUAGUACUAGUAAUACUAAUAGCAGUGCUGGUAACACAGCUGCCAUAAAUGGGGACAUGAAGAAGAAGCCUGCCACUAAUGGUGUCUCUCCCUCAUCUGAUGGAAAGCUCUCAUCUAAUUGCACAGUAGAAAUGGUUUCAAUAUCUGAAGUUGUUGCAUUACCUGGUAGCAGUAAAGUAUCACUGUCUUGCACAAAUAGUGAUGCUAAACGAAAGUCUAGUCUUGGGCAAUGUCCUAUUGGACCAUCAACAAGCCAAGGCGAUUGUGGAACACAAAGGAGGAAGUCCAUUUCAACAGAUUCAACUGCUACUACAGAAGCUGGCCUGGUGUUACUACGAAGAAAAUCAUUUUCUAGCAACCAAAGCUCAGAAUCAAAUGCUAUUCAGGCACUAACCCAAAAAGGACUUGCUAGCUAGCGCUUUGCAAAGUUCCUGUUUCGGAAUAGUAUGACUUGGAGUAUAAAUAUUUGAAUUGUCAAAUUUUAGGUGACUUGAUGAUGGCUUGGUUGUGUGAUAGUCUAUUCACAUGUGUUCUAUUCUUCACACUGCCAAUGAAGCAUAUUGAUGCUUUCAUUUAAUUCCUAUGCCUUUGGCAUAUUAGUCAAAAGAAGUUGCACCACAAUUAAAUAGCAUAUUAGAAAUUUUUAUCUAAUGUGUUAAAUGUGUGUACAUGCACUGGUAUAAGGGUGUAUGUGCACAUUUACACGAGUGUGUGUGUCUGUUGAUAUGUAUUAUGUAAUGUAAUAUUUUCAUAUUCUUUAGGAUGAUGUCACAGUUGAUAUCUUUAUCAUUUUUGACAUUUAUUAUGACAACCGAGAGCUACAGUCUACUGCCAAUUUGUGACUGCUCAACAUGUUGAUUGUUCCUCUUACAAAAACUAUUGAAUGGAACAGUUCUGUUACUAUCUUUAUUUCAAUUGUGUUUAAUCUCUAAUUUGUGAUCAUAAGACGUGAUGUCCAGCACUCCAUUGUCAUGGUUUGGUUAAGUGUUUUACUAAAACUCCAUCGUAAGCUAUCUUAUGGGCCUUAUUCAACACUUGGUGUGAAACUCAUCCAUUGCCAACUGCAAUGUAUUACAAACCUUGUUUAUAUGGUAUACAUGACUUUUGUCCUCUAUUACUUAAGUUCCAAGUAUAUAUCAUAAUGGUUGUCUCAGACCAGAACAGGUACUAUUUGUUCUUGUAUCUAUAUUCUUAAUGUGUAUUGCUCCUUGAGGAAAGGGUUGUUCUUUCUCAGGAUCGCUCUUUUACUAUCAGUUAUUAGCACAUCCCUUAUUUUCAUUUAUGCAUGACUUUUUAUUGUAAAAGUUAACAUAUUUCCCAAUUAUUAAAAUGAUAUGUGAUUUUUGAUUAUUUUAAAAGAUAACAAUGCCAAUGCCACAAUUGGGAAUAGUGUUUUGGCUGACUUGUUAACUUAAAAAGUUUCUGAAAGUUCCUGUCAGCAAAUUUUAGUCUCCGACCAGAAAUAAUCUUCACAUAGAAGUCUGAUCAGUGGACAAUGUUGUUGAAAAUCAACAAAUACAUACCACAAUGUAUAAUUUACAAGACUGAAUUUCCACUUUAAAUGGCUCUUGUUUUUUUUUUCUUUCUUUUUUUUUUUUAAUUGUAUGUUAAUGCUACCUUUACUGCCUUUAAAUUGCAUACUUCAAAACUUGAUAUAUUAUCUCUAUGUGAUCUGUUUCUGCUUGUUACGUCAAAGGAUUUUUUUUUUGUCUUGUAAUGAGCUGAGUGAAUUAGUCCUAAUCUAAAAUUGAGGGCAUAUGCAUGUGCAUUUUUCUGUAGUCUUUGCGAGGUGAAUCCUGGUGGUCAUUUUAUAAGGUUGUUAUUGUAGGUACAUUACUGUCUUAAAAGUUCUUUUAAAAGCUCUUUCUUCUCUGUACUGGAAGUAAGUAUGCCUCUGCUCACCUUUUUAUUUCUAGUCUAGUCUAGACAGCAUGUUGAUAAUUCAAUUUCUGGACCAUACAUCUUGCUUACUGCAGAGUCAAAUCAGACAAUGUAUUGAUACUGCAUUUCAAAUAUCAGGAGUCAUAUAUGCCCUGUAUGUAUUUGGUUUUGGCCACACAAAGUUAAGUCAGAGGGAAGGAAUUGUAAAAUGGAUCAUUACAUUAUUACUUUAGUGCUGUGGCCUUAUCAAUGAAAAAGUAAAUUCCUAAUACUAGGUUUAUUAAUAUUUUAUUUUUAGUUCUGCUUGUUUUUGUAUUUUGAUGCUCUUUCCCCCUUCCUUUCAAAUUGUACCUCUUUCACUUCAUUAAUGUUUUGUUUGCCAUUUAAGAACUUUGUUGAGGUAGAAACCUAUUAAUUCUUUUUGAACAUUUGUAAGUACCUUUCCUUUUAUGGCUUUACACUAGUUUCUAAUAAGUGGAAAAAGGGGAAAAUGAAAUAAAAUCUGUUGGUGUACAUAUUGUCAGAAAAGAGUUUCGGAUCAUAGUCUUACUACAAAAAGCCAAAGAUGGAGGGAUGAAGUUCUUCUAAAAAAAAAAGAAAGGAAAACAACUACUAAUUUUAUCCAUCAUUUCCUAUACUUCGCUGUGGUUUCCUAACUGGUUAAAUGUAUGUUGUGGUUGUUUCUUUUUGCAACAUGCACUCUCAAUCCUGAUUGCUGCACAUCGUUUUUUUUUUGUUAUGACUGCUGAAUUUCUAGGUAGGUGGUUUUUAAGGUCCGUGUAGACUUUUUUGAAUGACAAAGCUCUAGUAAAAUCACUACCACUCAAUCUGUCAUAUGUACAGAAAUUUUACACUGGCUGUAAUAUCUACUCUAAGACAUAUUUAGAAUAAAAAGGGGAAAAAAGCAAUUACUUUGUUAUAUAAUAUACUUACUGGAAACACAACAGGUUCUUUAAAGUUGCUAAGAGUUGCUUAACUGCCUUUAAAAUUGACAAAAUUGUCAUUUUUAUUUAUUGAGAUUGUUGUUUGUUAAAGUGUAAUAUAUUUUGGCACUCUAAACUUGUCCACAUCUGAAUAGUGUAUUUUUCUUGCAUUUAUACUGCCAGAAUAAUUCUUUUCAGAGUACUGUUCCAACAAACCUGAAAUAAAUUUAUAGCGUGUGUGCUACAUACUGA